AUGUAUGAUAAAGAACCAACACCAUUCGAAAUUCAACAAAUUAUAGCAGAACCUUCUGGUUCAACAGAUUCUUCAAAUCAAACCCUUAAGGAAGAUGUAGUUAAUGUAGUUGAUAAUAGUGAAUUUCUUGACAUACCUCAAACUCGGCCUCGAAAAGAUAAUGGAACUGCAACAACUUUUAAUAGGUUAUCAGAUCGAUAUACCUUUUCAUUUUCUGCAGAUUUAAUUGCACAG